AUGCUCAAGUCGCGGCUCCGCAUGUUCCUCAACGAGCUGAAGCUGCUGGUGCUGACGGGCGGGGGGCGGCCCCGGGCCGAGCCGCAGCCCCGGGGGCGCGCGGGGGGCGGCUGCGGCUGGGCGCCCUUCGCGGGCUGCGCGGCGCGGGCGGCCGACGAGGAGGAGUACUACGGCGCGGGGCCGCGCGCGCGGGGCCUGGCCGGGGACAAGGAGCCGCGGGCCGGGCCCCCGCCGCCGCCCGCGCCGCCCCCGGGCGCGCUGGACGCGCUGUCGCUCAGCAGCAGCCUGGACAGCGGCCUGCGGACCCCCCAGUGCCGGAUCUGCUUCCAGGGGCCCGAGCAGGGGGAGCUCCUGAGCCCCUGCCGGUGCGACGGGUCGGUGCGCUGCACACACCAGCCCUGCCUCAUCCGCUGGAUCAGCGAGAGGGGCUCCUGGAGCUGCGAGCUCUGCUACUUCAAGUACCAGGUGCUGGCGAUCAGCACCAAGAACCCGCUGCAGUGGCAGGCCAUCUCCCUGACAGUCAUCGAGAAGGUCCAGAUCGCCGCCAUCGUUCUGGGCUCUCUUUUCCUCGUCGCCAGCAUCUCCUGGCUCAUCUGGUCCUCGCUCAGCCCUUCAGCCAAGUGGCAGCGGCAGGAUCUGCUCUUUCAGAUCUGCUACGGCAUGUACGGCUUCAUGGAUGUUGUCUGCAUAGGCCUCAUCGUCCAUGAAGGUUCCUCUGUCUACCGCAUUUUCAAGCGCUGGCAAGCAGUGAACCAGCAGUGGAAGGUCUUGAAUUAUGACAAAACAAAGGACAUAGGAGGAGAUGCAGGGGGAGGGACGGCAGGGAAGCCAGGCCCCAGGACCUCACGGACGGGCCCCCCGUCUGGGGCCACCAGCCGCCCCCCGGCUGCCCAGCGAAUGCGGACGCUCUUGCCUCAACGCUGCGGUUACACAAUCCUGCACCUCCUUGGACAGCUGCGGCCACCAGAUGCCCGUUCCAGUUCUCAUUCUGGCCGCGAGGUUGUCAUGAGGGUCACCACGGUCUGAACUGGACACCAGGAGCAGGGAUCUCGUAUCAGUGCGUCAGCCAGAGAUGAGCUGUCAUGGCUGCUGGAGGUACCACCUGGAUAAGGUGUUUGGGGCACGGCACCCCCACCACUGAGGAGCUCUGUGGACAGCUUCAAGCUGGAGACAUUAUCUGGCCUGUACUGCUCGUUACGUGGGUAGAGACACCUGGAUGACAUUCCAGCCCCACUGACAGCCUCUCAUCCUCAUCCUGGGGCAGCCGGUGGGCAGGUGGGAGAGCAGCUUUUCUUCCAUAGAGAACCGUCCUUACCUCAGCUCCUAGGGCCUCCAACCCCCCAGCUCCACCAGGGUGUCUUGGUGAAGGGGGACCAGUGCCAGAAGAAAGGGGCUGUUACCCCCCUCCCCCCACUCCCCAACCCAUGGCCACAGGGCAUCUGGCAAUAAGACUAGUAUACAUUGACCUCCCGUUCCCUGCAUGAGGGCGGGGCCUUCCCCCUGCCCCGCCCCCCAUUGCAUGGGGGGAGGGCAUAAAGAAUCAUUUAUAUGCACUUGGAGACUCCUUUCUCAUCUGGGGCUUUUCUGGAGGGUGGGGAGGUGUGGGGAGGUUUCUCUGCAGAGGUUGCAAAUCCCAAAUGCAGCAGUGGGUUGUGAGUUGGAGGUGUAGCUCCCAUUUGCUGGUGAAUAAUUUCCAUUGGCUGCUAGGUGGCAGUGCUCCGAGGUAUCUAAUGGGUGGACCUGCCACCUGCAAGUUGUGUGAUUUUAAAAAAAAAACUCUGCUGUGGUUUUCCUGCCUACCUCAUAGGGUUGGAAUGAGGAUAAACAGGGACAGGUUGAAUGCCACUGUAAAGAAAAUCAGUGAUGGCAAAAAAGAUUUCUAGACUAGUUGAGGGUCCAUUUAUUUCAAAUAGUAGUUGGUGAACAAAUUCCAAAAUGUGUUUUUCAUCUGGAGUUGCACAGAGCCUUGGAAACUUGUGUUGAGUGUCGUAAUAGAUAUGGAAAUUUAAGGGGGAAAUAGACAUUGCAAAUGCGAGCGAUGGUGGUUAUUCGCAGGAACAAGAGCUCUUCCAGUCUCCUAAACGUUGGAGGCUGGGGCUAGGGGGAUGCUGCAGCAAUCCUUUUUGCUCUGGGGAUCAUGUGGGUUCUGUUAGUCCUUCCCAGGUAACGCACUCACUCAGACAAAUGGUAUGAAGUGAAUUUGGACUCGUUUGGAGUGAUCAGACACAACAUCCUAACGUUACGAGUUUCUGAUCCCAGGUUAAGCUACUCGUGCGAUAGUUAAGGGUUCCAGGGCCGACCCUGGUGAGCCCCAGCCAGCGAGUGGUAUAAACGGGAAAGUGUCGUGCUUGACGGCAGCAGCAUCAAGGGCUGUUGUUCAUAGAGAAAGGGUUUGGAAAGGACUGGUUAAAAUAUGGGUCAGCCGGAAGCCUGGUCUCUUUCUGGUUCCAAAAACUCUCUACCCACCAUCUCCUUCCUGAAGCCUUGGGACUGUGUAUUAUAUGAAUGAUGGUGUUUUUUUAAGUGAACUAUUCAUCAGCAAUUAAAAUAAUUCACACAUUGCUAAAGUCCGAUCUAGAGGCCUUUGCCAUUAUUGGUUCUGCUCUCAGAGAAGGCUCUGCUCCACCUUCUCCCUGUGGCUGUUUAGGAAAAUGCUUCUCUACCAGAGGUCGCAUAUCUUUGCCCAGGAAAUGGUCAUUUCCUACCCCUGUCC